AUGAUGGCGGCCGCCCCGACCGCGGUGGCAGAGGCGAGCGUAAGCAGCACCGGGAGCAGCAGCAGCGACACUUCCAGCACCGGCGAGGAGGAAAGGAUGAGGCGCCUCUUCCAGACCUGCGACGGGGAUGGUGACGGCUAUAUCAGCAGGAAUGACUUAUUGAUGGUGUGCCGCCAACUGAACAUGGAGGAGUCUGUGGCUGAGAUCAUGCAUCAACUUGGUGCAGAUGAAAAUGGAAAGAUUUCCUUUCAGGAUUUUACUCGAUGCCGCAUGCAACUUGUGCAAGAAAUCAGGAAAGAAGAAGUGGAGCUUUCUGUAAAAUCAGAUGACUCUUGUAAAAAGAAAACAUUAAGGGACAGAAUAGCUUCCUGGCCAACAAGCAGUGAUAACAGUUUGGGUGCUUUGUCAGGAGCCAAAGAGAGUUGGGAAUAUGAUUCUGGCGCUAGAGACCUUCAGAGUCCUGACCUGUACAGUCGUUCAACUCUACAGAAAGUCUUAGAAUAUGGGGGCAACACCACAAGUCAGCAAGCAGUGCUGCAAAAGCUGCUUACCCCGGCAUCCAGUCUCAGCAAUACAGUUGGAGGGAGUUACUUAGAACUUGCUAAUACUCUCCACUUAGCAGCUCUGGCAUCACUGAAAGGAGACAUCGUUGAACUUAAUAAACGCCUGCAGCAAACAGAACGGGAGAAGGAUUUGCUGGAAAAGAAAUUGGCAAAGGCACAGUGUGAACAGUCUCACCUAAUGAGAGAGCACGAAGAUGUACAAGAGCGGACAACACUUCGCUAUGAAGAACGAAUCACAGAGCUCCACAGCAUUAUCGCAGAGUUAAAUAAAAAAAUUGAUCGACUACAAGGAACUACAAUCAGGGAAGAAGAUGAAUAUUCAGAACUACGAUCGGAACUUAGUCACAGCCAACAUGAAGCCAAUGAAGAUUCACGUAGUAUUGACCAAGAUCAAACUUCUGUUUCCGUCCCAGAGAACCAGUCAACCAUGGUCACAGCUGACAUGGAUACCUGUAGUGACUUGAACUCUGAACUGCAGAGAGUGCUGACGGGUCUGGAGAAUGUAGUCUGCGGGAGAAAGAAGAGCAGCUGCAGUCUGUCCGUAGCAGAUGUGGACAGACACAUCGAGCAGCUCACUACUGCCAGCGAACACUGUGACCUAGCCAUUAAGACAGUAGAAGAAAUUGAGGGUGUGCUAGGGCGAGACCUCUAUCCAAAUCUGGCAGAAGAAAGAUCUCGAUGGGAAAAGGAACUGGCAGGCCUGAGGGAAGAAAAUGAGAACCUCACUGCGAUGCUGUGCAACAAAGAAGAGGAGCUGAACAGAACCAAGGCCACCAUGAAUGCUAUCCGAGAAGAACGGGAUAGAUUACGCAGAAGGGUUCGAGAACUACAGACACGUUUACAAAGUGUCCAGGCAACUGGCCCAUCAAGCCCAGGUCGUCUCACUCCAGCCAACCGUCCCAUUAAUCCCAGCACUGGAGAAUUGAGCACAAGUAGCAGCAGUAAUGACAUUCCCAUUGCCAAGAUUGCUGAGCGAGUAAAACUCUCAAAGACAAGGUCAGAGUCUUCCACAUCAGACCGCCCUGUCCUGGGAUCAGAAAUCAGCAGCAUAGGAGUAUCAAGCAGCGUGGCUGAACAUCUAGCCCAUUCCCUUCAGGACUGUUCCAACAUCCAAGAAAUUUUCCAGACACUCUACUCACAUGGGUCUGCUAUCUCUGAAAGCAAAAUCCGAGAAUUUGAGGUAGAAACUGAACGAUUAAACAGCCGCAUUGAGCACUUAAAAUCUCAGAAUGAUUUAUUGACAAUAACUUUGGAAGAGUGUAAGAACAAUGCUGAGAGGAUGAGCAUGUUGGUUGGAAAAUAUGAAUCCAAUGCCACAGCCCUCAGGCUUGCAUUGCAGUACAGUGAACAGUGCAUUGAAGCCUAUGAGCUGCUGCUAGCAUUGGCUGAAAGCGAACAGUCUCUUAUUCUUGGGCAAUUCAGAGCUGCAGGUGUCGGGUCUGUUGGGGACCAAACAGGUGAUGAAAACAUCACCCAGAUGCUUAAAAGAGCUCAUGACUGCAGGAAGACAGCUGAGAAUGCAGCCAAAGCCCUGCUGAUGAAAUUGGAUGGUAGCUGUGGAGGAGCCUAUGCAGUCACUGGCUGCAGUGUGCAGCCUUGGGAGAGCCUGUCAUCCAACAGCCACACCAGUACUACUAGUUCAACAGCAAGUAGUUGUGAUACUGAGUUCACAAAAGAGGAUGAACAGAGGCUGAAGGACUACAUUCAGCAGCUGAAGAAUGACCGGGCAGCUGUGAAGCUGACCAUGCUGGAACUGGAGAGCAUCCACAUCGAUCCCCUUAGUUACGAUGUCAAGCCUCGUGGAGAUAGCCAAAGGCUGGAUCUAGAAAAUGCGGUACUCAUGCAGGAACUCAUGGCAAUGAAGGAGGAAAUGGCAGAGCUGAAGGCACAGCUGUACUUGCUAGAAAAAGAGAAGAAAGCCCUAGAGCUGAAGCUGAGCAGUCGAGAAGCUCAAGAGCAGGCCUACCUGGUCCACAUUGAGCACCUGAAGUCAGAAGUGGAAGAGCAAAGGGAACAGAGAAUGAGAUCCCUCAGUUCAGCUAGCAGCAACAGCAAAGAUAAGGCAAGUAAGGAAUGCACAGAGAGUACUACAGCAUCAUUAACAUUAGCUGAGCUGAAACCCUACAGUGAAAGUGAACUGACUACAGAACUGGCAAAUGCACUCAGACGAGAAAAGAAACUGAAAGCCAGAGUGCAGGAAUUGGUGAGUGCCUUAGAGAGACUGACAAAGAGCAGUGAAAUCCGGCACCAGCAGUCUGCAGAGUUUGUUAAUGACUUGAAAAGAGCAAACAGUAACCUUGUGGCUGCCUAUGAGAAAGCAAAGAAGAAACAUCAAAACAAACUGAAGAAAUUGGAGUCCCAAAUGAUGGCUAUGGUUGAAAGGCAUGAGACACAAGUGAGAAUGCUCAAACAAAGAAUUGCUUUGCUAGAAGAGGAGAACUCAAGACCCCAUACCAAUGAAACAUCACUUUAAGCAGAAUGGAAGUUUUUUUGAUCUUGUUCUGUAAGGAAUCCAUGUGCCAUUGCAAACCUAUCUGCUUGCAAGACUGAUUUAGGUCUUUAACACAGAAGGGAAUCUGAAGCAAUUGGAAGCCAACGAGUCCCAAGAGAGGUUACAGCACUGAAGAUGGUUAGUCAUAAGCAGGAGCCAAAAAGUAAAGGAGUUUGUAGGGAUGGUUGCUUGUAAUCGGACAGUGCCUGUCAGUAUAUGUAUCUCUUAAUCAAGGUUCUGUGUAAUCAUUUUAUUUACAUCAUUAAAAGAUCCUUUUUUCUUUAUGGGUGACAGCAAAAACCUUCAUAAAAUGUUUUCUAUUUUUGAGGAAAAGCUUGAAAUGUAACCCGCCUACCCCAGGAGCUUUCAUGAGGUGGGAAUGUUUUCCUUGUCUUCUCUUAGAAUGGAAAUGGAUAGCCAGACAUCUGUAGCAACCUCUGGUCACCCAAUGAGCAUCAAGAGUUGCCACAGGGCUGAAAGCUGCAGCACCUUGCUCUGCAUGUAGUUAAUGCCCCCAAACAGCUAUGUGAUCAUACAGUUCCUUCCAUCAUCUGCUUCAAAAAGAGGUAAUACAAAGGUGCUUUAAGACAGACCUUUUCAAGUAAAUUGGUGCUGGAUCUGAUCCCCACAGUCUACUCAGGUACUGUGGCAGCCCCUGCUGCUGCUUACUGCUAGGCCUGACUCACAGGCAGGAUCAGCACAGGCAGCACAGCAGUUGUAUGUCUAAACACUGCCAACCACCCACCUGAGUUGGUGCAUUUUCUGUUGUACUUUGGUAAAUUUGCUGCAGGUCAAGGGAAUGUAAUCCAUUGUUUUGAGAAUACCCAGUCAGUUUGUGAAAACAUUAACUAGGAUAUCAUUGCUACACAUCCUUUAUUUCCGAUGAAGUUGCAGUAGCUACAGGUUUUACAAUGCAUGAUGCUGCAGCAAGAUUAAAUCACAGGACAGCAUUUUUCAUCAGAAGUGUGUCCAGGCUGUCCCAAGGAGUAGUGCUGAAAAAUACAUUUCAGCCAAGGUUUCCCUAAAGCUGACGAGGUCCCUGCUGUGCAAUAGGAAAGCAGUCAAAUAGGGAAAGUUUACAGUUCAGCUUUUCUCUCUUGGCUGAAAAUGCCCUUGGUUUUAAGGAAUGUGCCUGUUCAGAUGAAUGUGGAUGUGCUCCAUUAAAACCUUUUUUUAAAAAAAACUCUGGGAAAAGUCACUUCCAAGGCAGCUCAGCUGUGGUGCUGAUUCUGUUUUCUCAGCCCUGUAGAAUUUACCAGCCCAAAAGGAACAUGAUGGCAUCAUACAAAGUACUUAUAAGUUAAAUAAGAAUCUUCUUAUAUUUGCUUCUUAUAUCUUACUCUUAUAAGAAACUUCUUACAUGUGACAAAAAUUAUUUUGUGGUUUCAGCUGAUACACAGUCAAGAAUCGGCACUGGGUUCAUCUGUAUACAGAUUUCGAAGUAGUAGAAUCCCUCGAUCACAGCACAUGCAGCUCAGUGGUGCCUUACUUUUAGAACUAGUUUUUCCCCUUGCACGACGAUUGUGUAAGCACUUGCAGUAAAGUCAGUAGUCCCAACAGAAUG